AAAACCCUUCCCGCCAUUCACACUCUCACUCUUUCAUCCCUCCAAUUUCUCACAAAAUCCUCUCUCGCCGGACUUCCAUCGACACAGAAAGUAAUCGAAGCAACUUCCCUAAUGCUGAAGCCCAAGCCAUUCGCCGGAGCUAAUGUGUUCGUCUCUCGUAAUCUUGUCGCUCCGGAGAUGUUCGAUGCUCUUCACGACGCUCUCAAGCAGAAUGGGGCUGAGGUUUUCCUCUGUUGCGAUCCCUCUCAAAACGCCCCUAACGAUUAUCAUGUUAUCUCCUCCGCCGAUCACGCAAAGUUCGAGGAUCUUCGCGCCAAGGGAUGCAACUUGUUAGGUCCUCAGUGCGUGAUGUCAUGUGCAAAAGAGCACAGACCCCUUCCUCAACAGGGUUAUACUUGCUGCCUUGCCAUGGAUGGUGUGAAAAUCUUGGCAUCGGGUUUUCAGGAAGAUGAAAAGGUUGAGAUAGGGAAGUUAGUUAGUGCAAUGGGGGGAGUAUUGCAUACGAAAGCAUCACUAGAUGUCAGUUUUGUUAUUGCGAAGAAUGCUUUGGCUGCGAAAUACAAGUGGGCACUAAACAUUUCAAAGAAACCAAUCGUGUCAUUUUCUUGGUUACAACAAUGCUGGAUUGAACAUCGUGUUGUGCCUCAGGGAUAUCGGGUCCUUCCAUUUUCUGGAUUGAAUAUUUCGGUAUCUGGAAUUCCUGCAGGUGAGCGCAAGGAGAUGGAAAAGCUUAUCUUGCAAAAUGGUGGAAGAUAUUCUGCCGAUCUCACAAGAAAGUGUACACAUUUGAUAUGUGAUGCUCCUGAAGGUGACAAGUACAAGGUUGCACGAAAGUGGGGCCGUAUCAAUAUUGUUACUCGGAAAUGGUUUGAUCAGUCCAUAGCCAGAAAAGGAUGUCUUAAUGAGGAGUUGUACCCUGUUGGUAGCGUUUCUGGAACUUCAAAUAAAUUGACAAGGGGUUGCUUGACUGCUCACAAUAGCCAAGAAAAGGUUAAUGGGAACUUGGAAGCUGUACCAUCCUCAUUUCUCGCCGAUUCAAAAUUCACAGUAGUUGCUGGUCCUGGGUUUUCAGACAUGGAUGUUGAAGUUACUCUUUCACAGAGUACGUCUAUGUUUUCAGAUGCUUCUCAUUUUAUAAAUGAGGUUGAUAUUGAAGUGCCAGUCACGAUGGGAAGGAAUGAAGAAAACACUGUUAAUUGUCUUGCAAAUGACUUUCAGUCUGAAGAAAACGACCUAUAUUUGUCAGCAUGUAGAAUAAAAGUUGUUGGGUUUGAAGCUUCUGAGAUGCGGAAGAUUGUAAAUAUGAUUCUCAGAGGUGGAGGCUCCCGAUACAUGGUUUUCAAUGACAAAUUAACACACAUAAUAGUUGGAGAUUCGUCAGAAAUGGAGAAAAAGGAGGUUAGAGAUAUUGCUACUUCAGGAGUUGUUCAUGUGGUUAGAUCCAACUGGCUUGAAGAGUGUGACCGUCAGAAGAAGGAGAUCCCUAUUCUUGGUAGACACAUGGCAUAUGAUGAACUUAUUCCUAAAGCAUCUAGUAAAAUGAGCACCAUUGUUAUGGAUCAAAAUAAAGUUCCAAAUGUUCAUCCAAUCGUGCCAUCAAAUGUGUCAGAAGGAAAUAUUCAUGUUAGCAUUGGAAAGACGUCAAUAGCAGUGGAAAGAAUUGAAGAAAAAAGUGAAACAAAAGUGAAUGGAGACAGGAAAAUGAAAUUAUCCCAGAAAAGCCAACAAUGUGUAGCAAAUGGUACAAACAAGAGUUCAUCAUGUGUAUUUAAGGGGAAAAUAUUUUGUUUUUCUAGUUCCUUUCCAGAAGAUCGGAGAGCUGAAAUUGUUGAAUGGAUAAAUCAAGGGGGAGGCGAGGUUGUUGAAGAUCACAUGAAGCAGAAAGUGCACUUCACUGUUGAAUGUCAUGGUGGGAUACCAAGGAGUACAGACGUUCAUAGUACUUAUGUGUCAAGUCAUCGGGUUCGAUCAUGUUUAGAGGAUGGAUGUUUGUGGGAUACCAAUGGGCACAUUCUCUAUUCUCCUCUUCCUUGCUGUGUCCCUUUGCCUGGAUUUGAAAACAUACGGUUUUGUGUUUCACAAUAUGAUGAUAAAGACAGAGUAUUGUUAAGAAAUCUGUGUUUUGUACUUGGGGCCAAGUUUGUGGAGAAGCUGACAAAGAAGGUAACCCAUCUAAUAUGCAAGUUCACCGAUGGGACAAAGUAUGAGGCUGCUUGUAAAUGGGGGAAACAAUGCAUUACAGCUGAAUGGAUAUAUGAGUGUGUCAGACAGAGAAAGAUUGUCUCUCUUGAUUUGUAUCGCCCAAAAGAAGUUACAGCUCAAGACAGAGCGGCAGGCUUAUGCACUGUCAGCCAAUUUCCUACUCAAGCUGCCCCAAUGAUAGCCAAUGAAAGCGUAUCCCAGUUUCCUAUCCAUUCUACCAUUCCGAGAGACCAAUCAGCUGGAACUAACAGUAGCUUUAUAGGAGCAGCUGAACGAAUAAGUUCUACUAAAAAAAAGCGCAAGUUCUUUGACGAAGCCAUACAAAAGCGUUCACUUUUUGUUGGAAACAGUUCCACUCAAUCUGACUGCAAUUUGAAUUCCACAAAACAAACUACAUCAAAAUCUUCUGUAGUAACUUCACACGUUCCUGAUGUCGCUUCCGCAAUUGAGGACUUAUUGGAGCAGACAACUAAGAUUCAAGAUCAGAAGUCACCUGGAAAGACUGGCUGCGAUAAAAGUAUUUUCCCGCCAGACUGUUCGCUUGUUGGUCAAGACCAUUCAGAAACUUCUCCAAUUGGUGCUUUAUCUAACCAGUGGUCAAAAAGGUAUUUUCUCAGAGCUGAAAGAAAAGAAGAUGUCGGCAAUUCUACUACUGAAGAUGGGACUGUGGGCAUAUGUGAUGGCUUUAGUGAAACACAAACGGAGUCUCAGGUUGUGGGUUAUGAGGAGGAUUUGUCAGGAAGGCAAAUGCUCUUGGACAAAGUUCGAACCCGGAGUAGCAUGACUUGAAGUUACAUCCUGCCCUUGUAAAUACGACGCCUUAAAGAUAGUGGUAGGACUUGGUGCUGGAUUGUGAAGGUUUGAUUAGAACUCAUUUUCCUUAGAGUUUAAUGUUAUUCAAGCACUAUUUUCAUUUAGAAGUUGUAGAAAACGUUUGAACCUUGAUUGAUUGUAUAGUCAACCAAAAUGAUUUAAAAGAAAAGUUAUUGAAGAUGGGGAUUACAUGGGGAUUUUAUCUAUUGUCUUGUGAUUCAAUGACAUCUUGGCACUUGUAAGCUGGAAAUUAACCAAUAUUAGUUCGAUUUGCAAGUAACACAGAAGAUUUUUGGAGAUUUUUGACUAGCUGAUGGAUGGAUAUUAUACUGCCCCCUAAAAAAAGCUUGAAACCUAGGUUCCUUUGGGAGGAACUUCUGCUCAGCAUAAACUGACAUAUAGUCUCCAAACACAAACUUGGGAUAUCCUUCUUCCACUUCCUGGUUUGCUUUAUCCACCAGCUGUGCUGCAGGAGCUAUGGUGGCUUCCAUUGAUGGAUUGUAAAAUGAAGCAAUUGAUCUCCUGUUCCCAUUCGGUGAGGCUAAAACCCGAUGCCAAACACUCUUGUAUCUCCCAUUGCUCAGGACCUCAAUCUGAUCACCUGUGUUGAUGACUAUGGAGUUGGGAAAUGGCUGCACAUCAAUCCACUGCCCAUCUUUCAAGAUUUGAAGGCCUCCCACCUGAUCGUCUUGGAAGAGCAAGAUGACACCGCCGGCAUCGGUGUGGGCACGGAGGCCAUUCACUAGCUCUGGGUGUGGACAUGGUGGGUAAUGGCUGAUUUUGGUUCCAAAGAAGGCCUUUUCCAGCCCUUCGCCACCAUUGAAGGCAGCCUUUAUGUAUCCUUCAGGAAGGUUGGAGGGCCAUUCGUUGUCAUCAUGGAGAAGGAAGACAUCUUCCCAAUCAAGAUUUUCCAGCUUCUCACCACUCUUGUUCUCAAGCAAAUCAUUCAGGAGCUUCACAGGUUUUGAACUCUUGAAACUUUCUUCUCUUUCCACCUUGUAGCACUCUGAAGAAACCUUCUUCACCCUCUCUAGGAGCUCUUCAGGAAUCCCAUGGUUCACCAGCUGACGUAUUCAAAUAACAUAUAUUCCUUUUAAUCAAACCAUAAUCCAAAUAUUUAUGUCCCGUUUGGUAACUGUUGGUUUUUAAUAUUUGAAAAUUAAGCUUAUAAAAUACCACUUUCAUCUUUUAA